GAGAAAACGUGUGUACUCUCCAGUCACCGUCUUCAUUCUUAAUUUACGACUGGAGACCGAGACACACGCCUAAUCAUGCCGAUAGAUCCACCCACUUGGUCGAAUCCAUUCGAGCUCCCAGCUAUCCGCUUUACCUCACCGGCCGUCUUUACCAGUCAUCGAUUUUACACGGCCCGACGGCCGCCGCGAUCGAGCCAGCCACCGUCGCGUACGUGUCUGUAAUCUACAGCGCAAAUGCCACCAACCGCGCGCGGCGUGCCAUGGCCUCCGAUCCAUGGCUGACGGCUCCGUCCUGCUUCUAUUUAAACCCCGCGGAACGCUCGUAGAAACCACCACGCCGACCGCCAACUGCCAACGUACGUCACCAGCACUUGCACGCCCACUACACUAGAGCUAGCGAGCUCGGCUCAGUUGGCAAUGGCGAUGGUGGAGGUGCUCUCGUCGGAGCUGGUUGUCCCGGCCGAACCGACGCCGGGGGGCAGCAUCUGGCUGUCCAACCUCGACCUCGCCGGGAGGAGAGGCUACACCCCAACGGUAUACUUCUUCCGCCCCAACGGCGACCCGGGCUUCUUCGCCGCCGACGCCAUGAAGGACAGCCUCGCCAGGGCGCUCGUCGCGUUCUACCCGCUCGCCGGCCGCCUAGGACUUGAUGGCAGCGGCAGGGUCCAGGUGGACUGCACCGGCGAGGGCGUGGUGUUCGUCACGGCCCGCUCGGAGCACUACGCGCUCGAGGAGCUGAUGAACGAGUUCGUGCCGUGCGGCGAGAUGCGGGACCUGCUGGUGCCGCCCACGCCGGCGCCCAACCCGCCGUGCGCCCUGCUGUUCGUGCAAAUCACCCGUCUGCGGUGCGGCGGCGUGGUGCUCGGCCAGGCGAUGCACCACUCUAUCGUGGACGCGCGCGGCGCCGCGCAUUUCUUUGAGACGUGGGCGAGCAUCUCCCGCGGCGGCGGAGGCGCGCCCACCGUGCCGCCGUGCUUCGACCACACGCUGCUCGCCGCGCGCCCGCCGCAGUCGCGCGCGGUGCUGUACGACCACCCGGAGUACAAGCCGGAGCCGGAGCCGGUGGACCCCGUGUCGGCCUCCACGUACGCGAGCGCCAUCGUGACGAUGAGCAAGGGCCAGGUGGGCGCGCUUAAGGCGCGGUGCCUCGGCUCGUCCACCUUCCGCGCCGUGGUGGCCCUGGUGUGGCAGUGCGUGUGCCGCGCCCGCGCGCUCCCGCCGGCGGCCGAGACGCGGCUCUACUCCAUGGUCGACAUGCGCGCUCGCCUGGACCCGCCGCUCCCGGCGGGGUACUUCGGCAACGCCGUGAUCCGCACAUCGGUGUCGGCGACGGUGGAGGAGGUGGUUUCCGGCCCGCUGGUGCACGCGGCGAGGCUGGCGCGCGCGGCGACGAGCCAGGGCGACGAGCACGCGAGGUCGCUGGUGGACUACCUGGAGGGAGUGGACACGAUGAACCUGCCGCGCAGCGGCAUCUCGCGCUCGCACCUCCGCGCCAUCAGCUGGAUGGGCAUGUCGCUCUCCGACGCCGACUUCCGGUGGGGCGCGCCGGCGUUCAUGGGGCCGGCCCUCAUGUACUACAGCGGCUUCGUGUACGUGAUGAACGCGCCGGGCAAGGACGGCGCCCUCGCGCUCGUGCUGUCGCUGGAGCCCGAGAGCAUGCCGGCGUUCAGGACGGUGUUCGCCGACGAGCUGGCUCGCCUCGAGCUGUAAUAUAUGGUACACGUACCGUACGUCCUCGUAUCACACAACGUUGUCAUGUACGAGUAUUGCGUAUUUGCGUGUGCCAUGCAUGGAUGGGUAUAUAUAUUCUGCAUUUGCAAGCAUGCAGGUAUGCAUGUUCGCAUCGUAAUUGAUUGGUUCUUACAGUCUUA